UUCUGUAGGUGUGUGUGUACAUGCAGCCUAUUUGUCCAUCUCUCCUUCGGCUCCAGAACAACAGCAUGAUGCCUGUGUGUUUACUUGACAAACUUUCUGGGAGAAGGCCCCCAACAAUUAUUAACUGGUUCUGAUCUGGACUAAGCUCUCAGAUUUACUGUGUCGUGGGAUGAUUUCAUUCCUGACAAAAUGAACAUCAGAUAUCUUGGAUUAGUUCUGAUUUGGUUUCCAGGAGUGCUUCAUGCACAAAGCGCUGCACAGUCCUGUAGUGCUCCUAAACUGGAUGGUGGUUUCUUUGCCCCAAAGCAAGAGACUUAUUCUCAUGGAACGGAGCUCAGUUAUACCUGUGAUACUGGUCGUAAACCUGUGGUGAAGGGAUGGUGGGCAACAAGCACAUGUCAAACUGGAAAAUGGUCUCAUACACCACAGUGUAUAGACGAAGCAGCGUGCCUUCCACCGGAGAUGCCAAAUGCAAAAUACACAGAAAACCAAAAUGGUUGGUAUGAGGACGGACACAUUAUUAGGAUAACAUGUGACAAAGGAUAUGAACCCAAAGGCCAGGAUGUCACAGCCAUAUGUAUAAAUGGAGCGUGGUCCUCUGUGCCGGUCUGUGAGAAAAGUAUCCUUGCAUGCGGUGAACCUCCUAAAAUCCCCCAUGCAGUCAUCAUUCAUCAGAGAUACCAGGAGAUGUUUGCUGUAGAUUCAGAAGUGCAGUAUGAAUGUGAAGAUGGAUAUACUGUAGAGGGAGCAGAAAAAUCCAUCUUUUGCAUAGCUGGAACUUGGACUAAAGGACCACCGUGCAGAGCCAGACCAACUAUUGAACAUGGUGGAUCCACAGUGGGAACAACAGGUUGGGAGGACACUGAACAAGGCAGAGGAACUGAAACAGGUGCCGUAGGAGGAUCUUCUGCCACCUCUGGCUCAAAUGACAGAGACAGUCAACGUGCAUUCAUGUCAAUUGACCACUGUGGAGAACACCCAAACGUUCCAAACAGUGAUGUUGUACAAGUGAAUCGAAUGUCUUUGAAAUACCAAUGUAAUGCCUUUUACACACAAGUCGGUUCAGACACCGUGACGUGUUACAGUGAUGGCAGUUGGUCAGACCUUCCCAUCUGCAAAGAGGCAUUCUGUGUCGUGGAUCAUACUAGACAUCGUUGGGACAACUUUCAACUAUCUGGAGUUGAAUAUAUCAAGGAAGGAGAGAAAAAGACAUUUCCAUGCAUUUAUUCUUCUUGGAGCAGGGUUUUUCAGUGCAUUAAUGGAAGAAUACAUUAUACAAGCUGUUGUCAUUAUUAUGACAUUCAACGGGGAUUAUGCCAGUAAAGCACAAGAGAAGAACAACUGCUGGGCUGACAACAAAAGCCAAGUUGGAAACUUUUGAAAUACCUCCACCAUAAAACAACUACGCCCAAAAACAUGUUGUCUCAAUUGAUUUUUUUAAAACUUCAUGCACUAAUAACAUGAUCAAUAUUUUGACUGUAUAAGGGUCAUAUGGCCUACAGUAAUCUGAAUUAAAUGUUCACUAGAAAUCUUAACAGA